AUGGCACUCAGCACUAAACUAGUUGCAGCGUCAGUCAAUCGUACUGUAGUCAAUGCUCCUUAUGCACCCACUACAGUUAGAAGGCUGUUUGAGACGGCCAACAAUUUUAAACCACGCAGUCACAAGGUUACAGCGAUCCCUGCAUGGAUUGCUGGUUCAAGAAAGCGUUUGGAUGGAUCUGUACAAUCCAAAACAUUUGUGAAUGGUGCCAUCAAUCAGCAACGUCACUCAUCAUCUUCUGCCGUCGGUGGUUCACACACUAGAAUAGUUCCCGAUUUUUCCAAAUACAGACGACCCAGCACAGGAGACGAUGCACACCGCGCUUUUACCUAUGCGUUGAUUGGUGCAACUGGUGUUCUAACUGCAGCCGGAACAAAGUCCUUUGUGGUGGAUGUUCUCUCUAGUCUGGCUGCAUCGGCUGAUACAUUAGCUUUGGCUAAGGUUGAG